CGGCGCAAAUCAGUUCGCACGGCGAACUGUCACAUGCAGCGUGACUUGCGACGACUGAUUAUAUCGUUUCAUUUGAAUAUCAGCUCCCGCUGAUCAAGUUGCACUGCAUGUGACGCCACUCUGAGACGUUUGAAAUUGUUUGUGAGGGUUCCGAAACGGGUAUACCGGUGAUGCGGUCGGCAAAUUCUCGGUGACUGUGACGUUUAUCUUAUCGAGAAGAUAUAGAUAGUGCGAUUCAUCGAGAAUAGCAAUCUUGGAUAUUCUAUUGGUCUAAUUGGAGAGCAGCAUGGAGACGGAGAAAAAAAGAGAAGUGCCAUCGACAAUAAGAAAGGUUUUAGCAGUCGACGCCUACUUGACAAAUGCCUUCGUUAACUGGGCAAACCAGUUUUUAUUUUUGAGACAACUGAAAACGCAUCACAAGUGCCUGGAGAUAUCUUGUAACGCUAUAGCAUGGCUGGCGACCAAUCUGAUGCUCAUCUGGAUUUUCAACAACUCAAAUCUGUAUCAGAUGCAAGUUAAUCUUUUAAUAGGAUUGAUGCUUGACAUCAUCUUGGUCGUCGUGCUGAAAGCAAUAACAAGGAGAAGACGGCCUGCAAGCAAUGACGGUGACGCCUCUGCCAAGAAGGACUCUUUCCCAUCCGGGCAUGCCUCACGCGCAACGUUCAUCGUGUAUUUCUUCCUCAAUCUGUGGCCCCUUCCCUUGAUAUGCAUGCCACCGUUGCUAGCAUGGUCCUUCUCGGUGUCCAUGUCCAAACUUCUCAUGAGGAGGCAUCACGUACUCGACAUCUUGGCUGGGAUAGCCCUGGGUACCUUCGAGGGUCUCUUAAUAGGGUACAUGUAUUUAGAUCAGCAGACCUGCACCGGUUUGGUUUGGUGGCUCACCGACGAAAAGAUAUCUGGAGCCGAGUACGAUGUUUGAGCAUCGUUGCUUCGCAGGGAAUGCACCACGUUAUUGUCUUCUUCUUGUUACUAUUAUUAUCCUUCGACCAUGAUGAAUCCACUUGUACGUACACGACGAGUCACUGUUUGCGUGAUGAUUCUUACAGACUCGUACGCGUUUGAUGAAUCGUCGAUUUCCUUGCUAAUUAUUUUGAUGAUUCCUGCGAUUAUUUUGGUCACGACAAUCGCUAGCGCAAAAGACCGUUCAGCUGGAACUGCUUCAUACACAAAGAAUGAAUAUUUUAUUAAAUUGUUGCGUUUGUAUUUGUUUGUUUGACUUUUUGACGAAUUAGGUAGAAUUUUAUAAUUUUAUGUGAUAUAUAAGCGUACAUUUAUACCACGAUUUAUGCACGUGAAAGCUCGACAGGGAUGAAAAGACGUAGUGUAUAAAAGAAACAUAGUGUCAUAAAAUAUUUUUGCAGCGUAGCAUACGAAUAAAUAAUAUUACCUUUUUU